AGUGAUAUGAAUAUUGCCUCAUCAUUGGUGUCAGUGGAGAGGAAUAGUGCCCCAUCAUUGGUGUCAGUGGGAGGAAUAGUGCCCCAUCAUUGGUGUCAGUGGGAGGAAUAGUGCCCCAUCAUUGGUGUCAGUGGGAGGAAUAUGCCCCAUCAUUGGUGUCAGUGGGAGGAAAUGCCCCAUCAUUGGUGUCAUGGGAGGAGGAAUAGUGCCGCAUCAUUGGUGUCAGUGGGAGGAAUUGUGCCCCAUCAUUGGUGUCAGUGGGGGAGGAAUGCCCUGUCA